UGUGACAUGACACAUGCAUUGUUUUGUUUUUCAAAAAUUUGGAACAUGUGGUUUGUAAUCAUUUUAUUUACAAAAUCCUGGUGAAAAUUACAGUUUUCAAGUGAUGGUAUUUUUUCAGUGUUAUUGAAGUAGCGUAUAACAGCAUAAAUACAGUGUUCUGAAUAAAAAAGACCAUAAAAAUGACUUCACGAGUUUUAGAUCAGAACGACAAAGUCCCCCCAACGUUUGCUACAAUUGGGGUGAUAGUGAUAUUCUUGACUGCCCUUUCAUCAUUAUUUCUAGUUUACAGUACAUUUCCGAAUGUAACAGAGGAAGAAAAGCAGUUUAUUAAACUACCAUAUAAUUUGGAAGAUGCUAAAAACCUUGGCAUCGUGUUGAACAAAUAUAAAAGUGAACAUUACUAUCAAGUGAUGGCUGGAGUGUUUCUAAUGUAUAUAUUCCUGCAGACUUUUGCAAUUCCAGGUUCUUUAUUUCUUUCGAUACUCUCUGGAUUCCUGUUUCCAUUCACAGUAGCCUUAAUUCUGGUAUGCACUUGCUCAAUGGUUGGAGCCUCUCUGUGCUUCAUGCUAUCGCAGCUGCUGGGAAAAAAACUAGUGUUCUACUUUUUCCCGGAGAGAGCCCAAUCGUGGGCUGCGAAAGUGGAUAAGCACCGUGACAACCUACUCAACUAUGUGAUAUUUCUUAGAAUCACGCCGUUCUUGCCCAACUGGUUCAUCAACUUGGUAGCUCCCGUGAUUGGAGUCCCUCUUUUCCCGUUUGCUUUUGGAACUUUUAUAGGAGUGGCACCACCUUCAUUCAUAGCUAUACAAGGAGGACAAACUUUGCACGAUAUAACAGCCAGUGAAGGUGCUUUCAGUCCUGUUACAUUAGUUUGGCUAACAGUAUUUGGUGGGAUAUCUCUGAUUCCGAUAUUAUUAAAGAACAAGCUUCGAGAGAAGAUUGAUUAGGCUGUGUUUGUUUUUAGAAAAAAAUUAUUUAUUCUUGGUUUUGUUGAAUAUUGUUAAUUCAUUACUUUUUGAUCACAAGUGAUGGAACCUGACUGCAUAAGUGAGGGAAAGUAAAUGAAAUUUAAAUAAAGUCGAUGAAAUGGUUUGUAAUAUAAUGUAAAACUAUGAAAUGGUUUCUUAUCGAUAAGAAUCUUCGAUAAUAUACCUCAAAAACGGAAUGACUUGAAGUUCACAAUUGAAGAGCAAUGAUCCUAAAACUCAAACUUUCCGUACACUGUUCGUACACUUUCUUGUACACUGUUCAUAAGGAUAUGGUUAAUUUCUUUGACAAUACUCGCCUAUCCAAUUUUCCCAAAACAUUUUAAAUUAGCUCAAACUUUGCUCCAAAAUGCCAAUACUCAUCACGUGCUCGCUGGGAAAAAUCAAUGGAAAACUAUAUUUCCUCUGGGAAAGGAACAUUAACGAGAACUUCAAUGACACUAGCAAUUUUUCUUUGUGAAAACUAGAUUUGGAUAACUAGAUAAAAGACUUUAAUUUACUCAAAAUUUUAUUAACUAAAAUAAGCCAUUAAAGGUAUAAUUGUUAACAAAACUAUACAUAUCUCAAAAACACAUUACAUUUUUUAGAUUCACAAAAACAAUUUGAUGUUUAAUGAAUUCAUUGAAAUUACAAAAACAAUUCUCUAAGGUUUAAGAUUUUUACCUGCUUUUGUACGGUUUGAAGAAUAUUAGGUAUGUUAUCAAUAUCAGAAUUGUCUUGAUUUUUGAAAAUUCGAUGCUUUGUGUUUCAUAACAUGAGUCAAUAUACUUAGAAGAAAUCAUUUCAUUUAUUCCAGAUUUGAUUUUUUUUUUAUUUAGGUGAUUCAAUAACACCCUAGGUGCUCCUUUUUAUAUUUGUUUGUUACCAAAUGUUAUCAAGAAAUUUAAAUAUCAUAUUUUCUAUUGAGGACUGUCUUGAGAGCUGUCAAAAUAAAAUUAUUGCUGUACAUAUAAAUUUCUGGGCAGUUCUUAUAACUGAAAAAUGAAAAUGAGAAACUUUUGAUUGCUUUCCAUUUCAUAUUUAACUGUAAUUAGUUAAUGCAGGAUUUCUUGAUACUUUGAGAGACUUGAACAAUCAGAAAUGUGUGAUCAGACCCUGUUCAGAUUUGAAU